CAGGCGGGGACAGGCGGGGACAGGCGGCGACAGGCGGGCCGGGAUGUCGCGGAGCGGCGCGGCGCUCGCCAGGGCGCUGGCCGGAGGGGCCGGCGGCAGGCACUUGGCUUCUUGUGGUGUUCUGAUGACCAGAACUUCUCCUUUGCAAGUACCUGUAACGAGCCAGACUUUUUCAAGGAAUUUCUUCAACAUUGCUGCACCACUAGUAAAUAAAAGAAAAGAAUAUUCUGAAAGAAGAAUUAUAGGGUAUUCUAUGCAAGAAAUGUAUGAAGUUGUUGCUGUUGUGGAGAAUUACAAACUGUUUGUUCCUUGGUGUAAAAAGUCAGACAUACUCUCGAAGCGCUCUGGGUACUGCAAAGCACAGCUGGAAAUAGGAUUCCCUCCUGUAGUAGAGAACUACACAUCAGUUGUUACCCUAGUAAGACCACAUUUAGUUAAGGCAUCGUGCACAGAUGGAAAACUAUUUAAUCACUUGGAAACAGUGUGGCGUUUGAGCCCAGGUAUCCCUGGAUAUCCAAGGACAUGUACAUUGGAUUUUUCAGUUUCUUUUGAAUUUCGUUCACUUCUACACUCAAAACUUGCUACACUGUUUUUUGAUGAAGUGGUAAAGCAGAUGGUUGCUGCCUUUGAAAGAAGAGCAUCCAAACUCCAUGGCCCAGAAACCAGCAUACCUCGGGAGCUGAUGCUCCAUGAAGUUCAUCAGACGUAAAGGGACAACUGUAACCACCUCAGUUAUAA